AAAAUGAAAGAAAAAAAGAGAGAGGGAGAGAGAAAGGAAGCGCCAUCCUCCCCUAUUGAUCGUCGGUGGCCAUCCAAGAUGGCGCCGAGGGUGGCGUUCGCGCUCAGUCUGAUCUUCGUCAUCGGACACUUUAAAGAAGGGCAGACAUCCCUAACCAAGACUUUCACGUUUCCAGAGUACCCCUACAAAGAGACUACCAAGAACGAAUUCCUCUUUCGACAAUUCGAGCAAGCUUGCGAAGAGAGCGGCGCUUGUAAAAUGUUAUCGCAACAAGCUAGCAGUGUCGCCAAAACACGAUGCAUCCGAGAGUGCGUUUCGCCUUCUUGCUAUAAAGAAAUUUAUUUAUUCGAUCAGCUGGAGGAAGGAGAAAUCGACGUCAGGUUAAAUUCUUUUAAGGGCUGUUUUAUGCAACGUAACGGACGUCCGCGCAAAUAAAUAAGUCAUGCCUUUCGACCUGUUGAAACGUCGAUGUAUUUAUUGCUAACUACUACUAUCUUGGGAAAGUCAACCUUCGUUCUGCUUACGUUGACGACGAACAAGUGGAUUUUGAAGCAGAAGAUCUAGCUAAACUAU